AUGAGGGACGGGAGUUCGCCGGAUCUCGGGGAUUUGUUGGAUGGACGCCGGGAGUGCGCCGUGGAGUCGCGGUUCACGUCCGAGGAGGAGGGGGACAAGGAGGAGGCCGGGAGACGGCCGCGGAUUGUCAAGCCGGUCCGGUCGAGUGGCGGGAGUGUGGAUGGCGGCGGGAAGAAGGCGGAGAAGGGCCGGAUGAAAAAGAGCGGGGUGCCGGCGCUUCCCACGGGUUUGAAGCCGCCGAGUAUUCGUGGCGGCGGACUGGUGAUCACGCAUUCGGCCGAGAGCUCGCAGGGUCCGGCGUCGGACAGCAUGGAGGAGGCGGCGCCCAUGCGCAUCGUCAAGCAGGGAACGUUCACCAAGGACCGGCCCAGCGGGAUGGUGCCGGUCAUCUUGCCGGAUGUCGGCGGAUCGCCCAACCGGAAACGCUACGGCAGUUCCGUCCGCGGUCCGCCCCACCGCGACCCCUUACCAACCUCCUCCCCCCGGAAGUUGACCUCCACCCCUAGCCCCCGGCCCUCGCGCUACCCCCACCCCAAAUCCAACUCCUUCCCAGGCCACGACGUCAUCACCAUCCCCCCGCCGCCCCCUCCCGACCUCUCCAGCAGCUCCUUCCCCCCGCCCACCCCCAGCGUCGCCCCCAAACCGCACCCCCCGAAGAAAUCCACCGUCUCCAGCAAAAUCGCCUCACUCUGGCGCGGGAAAGAGAAGAAACCCGAGCCGCCGCCCCCGCCGCGCGAAAUGAAAUCCCCGACGCUGUCGGAGCGCGCCGCCGCCCCCGGGGCGCGCGUCUGGGGCUCGGUGUUGGCGGGGGUCAGUGCGACGCUGCCGAAGAUGCGCGCCGCGGAGGUGACGACGUUCCGGCCGCGGUUUGCGCCGCUGAACGGGGCGGCGAAGCGAGAGGCAACGAGCGAAGCGGAAAAAGAUGCCGGGUUGACCGUGACGACGGUCUGA